GGGGUUAUUCUUACUCUUAUUCUUAUUCUUCUUAUUCUUCUUUAACUGUUGAUUCUAUCUUCUAUUCCAUUGGAAGAGGAAGUACGUCAGUCGUAGUGAAGCGCUCUUCUUCUCUCCCCUCAUCUGAUUUCCCCGUUCAGUUUCAAAGUCAAGUCGCUUUCAAAAUGGUCCUCGCAAAACCUGCUAACAGACAUGUCCUCAAACUGUUUGACCUGACGGGCAAGGUCGCAAUUGUCACGGGAGGGGCCCGUGGUAUUGGUCUGGAGGUGUCGAGGGGUUUAGCUGAAGCCGGGGCAAAUGUCGCCGUGGUCUACAACUCGUCGAGUGCAGCUAAAGGCAUCGCGGCAGAGAUCGGAACGACCAACAACGUCAAGACGGCCGCGUACAAGGCCGACGUAACCAAGCAGGAAGAGAUCGAGGCUGUCGUGCACCAGGUGGUCAAGGACUUUGGCAGGCUGGACAUCAUGGUCGCCAACUCCGGGAUCGCAACCUGUAUCGCCGCGGAGGAUUACACGACAGAGCAGUGGAGAGAUAUCAUGAAGGUCAACCUCGACGGCGCGUUCUACUCGGCGCAGGCUGCCGCGCGGAUCUUCAAGACCCAGGGCCACGGCAAUGUCAUCUUCACGGCCUCGGUCAGCGCGACGUUGGUCAAUCUCCCGCAGAAACAGGCGGCUUAUAACGCCUCCAAAGCCGGUGUAGUACAGCUGGCAAAAUGUCUGUCUGUUGAAUGGGUGGACUUUUGUCGUGUCAACUGCAUCUCGCCCGGUUACAUUGCCACGGAUAUCUUGGAUAUCCACCCCAAUGAAUGGCAGAAAAAGUGGCUAGACAUGAUCCCGGCAAAUAGAAUGGCUGACCCGUAUGAGUUGAAGGGAGUAAGCUCGGCCGCUUUUUUCUGUCUUCCUUUUGCUUCAAAAGAGAUCCUUCUAACAAGCCAAGGCUUUUGUCUUCCUUGCCUCCGACGCUUCGAGUUAUAUCACCGGCGAGAACAUGGUUAUAGAUGGAGGAUAUACCCUGCCAUAGACAGAACAGCUUGUAUUCAAUACUUGAUUCUCACUGCUUGAUUGAAGGGAUUAGCAGUAAGAAUUACU